AUAAGAAGCACUGAAACGAUUGCUGCACAUUCCGUGCUUUACAUUCGGUACUUCAAACUAUGAGACUGCUCAACACUGUGACCUUUGUAUUUCUAUUCCCAGUUGCCAUGUGUAACCCCAUCGUCGAUAUCAAUGUCAAAAUCGAUGGCACUGAUAUGAAGAAACUUGCCGAUGUUGUCUGCAAUAGCAACUGCGCGUGCCCAGGUGACUACUAUAGACAACAGACCAUACUGCAAUUUUGCCAGGCACAGGGUCAUACAGUACCUUGUGCGGGUGCUGGUAGACAACUACCAGUUGUUUAAAAUUUAAAGCCGAUGGAUAUCAGCCCUCGAAGAUUUGUUUCUUAAACUGCAUACAACAAAUAAACGUUCGGCGU